AUGACGGCCGACAGCAGCGCGGGCGGGCUGCAGCGGACACGCCCAACCGAAGGGGAACUCUUGCAGCGCUGGCAGAGCUACAUGGGCGACCCGAUGCUGUCGCUGGCGGGGCUAAAGCAGGAGGCGGUCGAGGGCAAGGUGGAGGAGCGAGGGCUGAGGUCGCUGACAUGGCGGUACUUCUUCGAUCUGUUGCCGGCUCCGACCCCCUUACCCUCGACUCCCUCCUCAUCCAGCUCCUCCGCCCUCCCCACCUAUUCGCUUUUGCUCUCUCAGUCUCGCACAGCAUACGAUGAACUUCGCGAACGAUACUUGCGAGCGCCGGACGGGCGAUGGGUGGCAGAUGGGGCGACUGGCGAGGCAGACGGUCCCGCGUCCGGUCCUUCCACGAGCAAGGCGAAUGGCGCUGCGGGAGGACAUCUGCGGAAAGUCGAGGUCAAGGCAAACAACCCGCUGGGACUCGACGAGGAGAAUCCUUGGCAGGCGUGGUUCAAGGAUCUCGACUUGCGAAAGAUGAUCCGGCAAGACGUACAGCGCACCUUCCCCGAGAUCGACUACUUCCGUCAAGCAGCAACGCAAGACCGCCUCACCGACAUCCUCUUCAUCUGGUGCAAGCUGUCGCCUGAAAUCGGCUAUCGACAGGGUAUGCACGAGCUGCUCGCCCCGCUACUGUUGCAUGUCGACUUCGACUCGCUCCCAUCGACAGGGGCGGAAGACUCGCUCGCCCACGUCAUCUUGUCGCGCGCGCACGUCGAGCAUGACACUUGGGCACUCUUCUCGUCCCUGAUGCGUUCGGCAAAGACCUUCUACGACCAUACGCCUUCCGUCCCGGUCUCACCAAAGACAUCGGCAGCCUUUGGUGCCAGCGCUGCACCCGCCCAAGCGUCGCAUCUCGUUCAGCCGAUCGUCGCGACGGCGAACCAGCUUCAGUCGCUCCUCAAGACUCUCGACCCGUCCUUGUACACCGCCUUUGACCGACUGCAAGUCGAGCCCCAGAUCUACGCCAUUCGGUGGCUCCGGCUGCUCUUCUCGCGCGAAUUCCCCUUCGCCGACUCGCUCCUCUUGUGGGAUGGCCUCUUCGCCCGCGAUACAACUCUCCAGCUCACGACACACAUCGCCUUGGCAAUGCUUUUUCGCAUCCGCGACAGCCUCAUUGCGGCUUCGCGGGAUGGGUACGGCGAGUUCCUCCAGAUCCUCCUCCGCUACCCCGCCUGUCCCGACGGCCUCUUCCACACAUCCACCCUCGUCCAGCAAGCCCUCUACCUCCGCGACAACCUCUCACCGUCAGGCGCCUUCUACCUCCGCCAGCAGAACCGCGAACUCGAUGUGGCGGUUGGUCAACCCGAGCCCGAGGACGACUUGGAGGAAUCGCUAACUGGGCGAGCGAACGGUGCAACAGGCUAUCGCAGGUCGCAGACCGCUGGAGGCGUACAGGGACUCGGCUUCUUGAGCGAGAGCGGGCUUGGCGACUUUGCGAAGGGCGUGUACGGGCGAGCGGAGGCGCUCGGGAUCAACAAGGCGCUGAGAGGGACAUUUGACGAGAUCAGGCGCAGCGUUGCUGAAGCUCAGGCGCAGGCAGAAGAGCGUCGCAGACGCCAACUCGCCGGCUUCUCGCAAAUCCCGACUCGUCCGCCGUGGGACCCGCAACGCUCGCCACCGCCACCGCCUGUCGCCACGAAAGACGCCUUUUCCGACCUCGCGACGAUGCGAGCGUCUGCGUCCGCCAUGUCGCAGGCCGUCGACCUCUGCAUUACCGCCUUCGAGGCAGCUCUCGUCAUGCCAUCACCAGCAGCUUCGCCUCGGCCUGGUGAUGUCUCGAACGACGUUGUUAUCCAGCAACAACCCGCGAAGGAGGUUGGCGCGCCGCAGAUGAUGGCGCUCACUGCGCUUCGACACGUCCGCGACGUUCUCGGCGGCCAGGCGCACGCGUUCGACCCGUCGGUACUCGAGCCGCUGCGACAGACACUUCGGCCUCAGCAGUCGGCGUCGCCCUCCACGAGCGACCCGUUCAAGGUCGACGGCAGUGUCGUCUCGCCCGAGGCGGACACGACGAAGUCCGUCGCUGCGCCAGCACCCGGUGCCGUUUCUCCGCCAUCUUCAGCUUCUCAGAACACUUCGAUGUCGCAGACAGCGGCGUCUCCGCCUCCGUCCGCGCCGCCUGCCAGCUCCUCGCCAUCCCUGCUCCUCGGCGAUCGCACAGACAAGCCUUUGCCGUCUCUCUCUCGCACCCCGCACGCCAAAACCUCGAGCAUCGCCUGGCGAGGGUUAUCAGCGUAUCCACCACGUCCAGCAGAGACACCGGCUUCGCCGACUACACCCUCGCCUUCAGCACCGGCUCCUCCUCGACCUUCUUCUCCCCCCUCGCAGACUUCCUCGCCGCCGAGCCCGUCGACUCGCAAAGCCGGCGCAGUCAUGUCGGACCCGCUCGGCUUGCUGUAG